UCUGUUUUAAACAAGUGUUGAUAAUUUAAAACAAUGAGUCAAGGUAAAGGAAAACCUAAAGCAAAACCACAAGCAAAACUACAACUUCGUACAAAAUAUGAUUUAAUAAAGAAAUGGGAGCCAUUUUUUACAGGAGGUCGUGUUGAAGUUUCCAACAGUGAAAACUAUUUACUGUGUGUAUGUGGGGACAAGAUAAAAAUCGUGAAUGUGGAUUCCGGAUUGGUCGAAAAAGAGCUGAGUCAUGAUGGAGAUGAUGUGACAUGUUUAGCUGUGAGUCCGGAUGACUCUAUGAUCGUGACGAGCACCAAAUCUCUUCUGUUGAAACAAUGGGAGUGGAAGAUGGAAGUGAAAUGUGUUCGCACUUGGAGAGCAAUCCACAUGUUUCCGGUUGUUUCGAUGGAUUUUGAUCCCACUUCUACUCUUCUCGCCACAGGAGGCAGCGACGGCACAAUUAAAGUAUGGGACAUGAUUCGACAAUAUUGCACUCACAACUUCAGAGGUUCACCUGGGAUAGUGAACUGUGUUGCUUUCCACCCAAACAACCUAACUUUAUACAGUGCUGCUGAUGAUUACAACAUAAGGGUAUGGGACCUAAACUCAAGUAAACUUGUAAAGGUUCUCAACAGCCAUGUAAGCUCAGUGACCUGUUUAAAGUUUUCAAAUGUGGAUUGCCUGGUCAGUGCUGGAAGAGAUAAUGUUGUUUGUUUAUGGAAUGUAAAGGAAGGUGGUAACGAACCAUACAAAGUGAUUCCUGUGUUUGAAAGUGUCGAGGCAGUGAUACUUGUACCGAAGGAGCUUGAAAAGUGUUUUAACUUUGAAAGAAAGGAAAAUGAAACUGGAUUUUUGAUUAUAACUGCUGGUAGCAAGGGUCAGUUAAGGGUAUGGGAAAGCAGUAACGGGAAGUGUGUGUUUACAAACCCUGACAAUGAUUCCAACGUGGCAAGUGGAUACAUACAUGCUAAACUCAUUCCUGAUACGAAUAAAAUGGUUGCUGUAACUUUUGAUCAUUGCAUAGAUUGUCUUGAUAUGAAUGGGUUGGUAGUGAACAAGCAGAUGGUUGGCUAUAAUGAUGAGAUUGUUGAUCUAAAGUUGUUGGGUAAAAAUGACAGUCAUAUUAUUGUUGUUACCAACAGCCCUCAUAUUAAAGUGUUUAACAUGAAAACCUCUGCUUGUCAAGUACUUAAAAAGCAUAGUGACACCGUUUUGUGUGUGGAUGUUUUUAAAAAUCGCACUCAUUUUGUAAGUAGUUCCAAGGAUAAUACAGUGUGCCUGUGGAGGAUGGAAGAAAACACAUAUGCUGUAACUUGCUUGGUAGUUGGGGCAGGUCACACACAUGAUGUAGGUGCUGUUACUUGCUGCAACAACAAGAUGGAAUUUUUGGUUUCGGGCAGCCAGGACCAAACCUUAAAAAUUUGGACAAUCAAUGAAACCUUCCAGCUUCGUGUAAAACAUACAGUCAUGGCACACUCCAAGAACAUUAAUUCAAUUGUCGUUUCACCCAAUGAUAAACUAAUAGCAAGUGGCUCCCAGGACAAGCUGGCCAAACUAUGGAAAGUUAGUGAUGGUUCUGUUGUUGGUACAUUUAAAGGACAUAAAAGGGGGAUUUGGUGUGUACAGUUUAGUCCAAUGGAUCAAGUUUUGGCAACAUCUUCUGCAGAUGGUUCAAUCAAAUUAUGGAGUUUGUCUGAUUUUACAUGCUUGAAGACUUUAGAAGGACAUGAUUGUUCCGUUUUGAAAGUCAUCUUUAUCGCAAAAGGUACACAGAUGGUAAGCUGUGGGUCAGAUGGUUUGCUAAAGUUGUGGACAAUCAAGUUAUCCGAAUGCAUUCAGACUGUCGAAGCUCAUGACGAAAAAGCAUGGGCAUUGUGCUCUGAUGUUGAGGACACAAUGAUUAUUUCUGGGGGAGCAGAUUCUAUUAUUUCAUUUUGGAAAGAUGUCACUGACGAGCAGAGGAGAGAGGACAUAGAAGCGAAACAAAAGACAAUGUUGCAUCAUCAGGAACUCCAGAACUUGCUGCAAGAAAAAAAAUACGAAAAGGCUCUUCAUUUUGCAAUAAAGCUGAGUCAGCCCUUUACUGCAUUAAACGUUAUCAAGGAACUAAUGUGGGAAACUGAUGGUUAUGAUUUCCUUAAUAAAUAUUUAUCAAUUUUACGGCUGGACCAAAAAAGUGAACUACUUAAAUUUGUUGUGUCGUGGAAUACCAACUCCAGAAAUUGUCAUGAAGCUCAUGCAGUGUUGAAAGCACUGUUGUCUAACACAGCACCAGAAGAUUUUGAACAAAUAGAAAAUUAUCAAUCAGUGAUAGAAUCAUUGUUACCAUACACAGAAAGACAUUUUCAUAGAAUGAACAAAAUCUCUCAACAAGCUACAUUUGUUGAUUAUACUUGGCAGCUCAUUAAAAUGAAAGAAUAAUUCAAAAUUCUUUGUUUUUUUUAAUAAUAUAAUUACAUUGUAACUUUAAAGUGACAGCUAUGUGUUUAACUAAUUAUACCAUCAGUUAAAUAAGAUGUUAUUUUGUGUAAGUGUCGCAUGCUUCUCUGUUCUCUGGUUUAGUUAUUGGUCAAACACAAUUGUAAUUUUUGCGUUUUUUUUAAUAAUGUGCGAAGUGCCAUUACAUUAAAUAAGAAAUUUCAUUUUCGUGUCUUG